GUCGUCAAGAGGGGAAAGAUCUUCCAGGAAGUUCGUUGUCUGGGUAAACGUGUGGUGCUGUCAGCCCAAUCCCAACCAGCAAGAGCGUAUAUUGUGUAUCCGUAUCCUAUCCGGACAUGUGUGCGUGUGUACUUCGGACGGAUGAAGAAGACCAAGUCGCCGUGGUCGUUCAUCUCCAUGCUUCCAAGUCGAUAUUGGUGCACCGUAGUACUCUGUCUCUCAUCCAUACCAGCCACAGCCCUGAUCCAGAUCCCUUCAUCUCGACAGCGUGCGACCUCAUCCGACCUUCUUCUCCGGCGGCAUAAAUUUGCCGAAAACAGGAAUCCUGAGUUUGACUCUGGGGAAUCUAAUGUCAUUUGGUCAAUCCCCCGUUGUUGCGUUUCAGCCGACCCGGUCGCCAUGAUAUCAUGGCACGAACAUCGGCGAAUAUCAUCAUCUGUUAAGACCUGCAGCAGUCCUAUCACCGCGUCGUCACCGGGUCGGAGUGGGUGGACCGGAGACCUUGGAUGUCGGCUCGAGGGGGUUUGAGGUUUUUCCUGGCCUUUCCGUCCAUCCUCCGCUGGUUGAAAACGACCGAAAAAGGAAGCCCCCCAGCGACUAUCCCACCCAUCUUUUCCCUUGUGGCGUCUUGGAGACCCACGGCACCCGCAGCCAAGCGCCGCUCUACAGGGGACGGCGUGCCCUGUCGCAUGCGCUGUACCCGUCAAGCAGCUCGCUACGCACGCCAAGGCUAGGCGCCCUGCAUUAGCACCGCCCGCCAGUGUCAGAGCCUGCGUCGAUCCGCCCACCCCCAACUCAGUGACACCUGUUGACUGGUCUGGCUUUAGGCCG